AACUUCUGUGUUCUAAUACAGUGCGCUGUCAACGACAGGAUGGGAGUGAGUGAGUCUAUGAAGGGUCUUCUAUUCUACCUCUGCAUCUGUAGUCAUGUUUCUACUGUGGAAGCGUGGGAACUCACCCUGCUUCAUACCAACGACGUCCACGCAAGGGUUGAGGAAACGAGCAACAGUUACGGCAAAUGCACCAAGCCUCCGUGUUUUGCUGGUGUGGCAAGGAGGUUUACGAAAAUACAGGAGAUCCGGAGCCGGGAGAAGAACGUGAUGCUGCUGGAUGCAGGCGACCAAUUUCAGGGAACCGUUUGGUUUAAUGUAUAUAAGGGAGCCGAGGCUGCUUAUUUUAUGAAUAAACUUGGCUACGAUGCGAUGGCUCUGGGGAAUCAUGAGUUUGACAAUAACGUGGAGGGACUUAUCAAGCCAUUUCUCCAGGAGGUGAAUUGCACAGUCCUCAGUGCUAACAUCAAAGCAGAUGACACACUUUCGCCACGCAUCAGCGGUCUUUAUUUCCCAUAUAAGAUAUUUGAUGUCGGCUCUCAGAAAGUGGGCGUGGUUGGAUACACUUCAAAGGAAACACCUGCCCUGUCACAAACGGGACCUAACUUAGUGUUUGAGGAUGAGAUUGAUGCCCUUCAGCCUCAGGUCGACAAACUCAUCACCCUGGGGGUCAACAAGAUCAUCGCCCUCGGUCACUCUGGCUUCGUUACGGACAAAGAAAUAGCCAGAAGGGUGAAGGGUGUGGAUGUGGUCAUUGGAGGACACAGCAACACAUUUCUGUACACAGGAGAGAAACCUUCCUCUGAGGUUCCGGCAGGUCCUUACCCCGUCAUGGUGAAAUCAGAGGAUGGGCGUGACGUCCCUGUGGUGCAGGCCUUUGCUUUUGGGAAAUAUCUGGGUUACCUCAAGGUGACAUUUGAUGAGGCUGGCAAUGUGGUCCAGUCCACAGGCAACCCCAUCCUGCUGGACAGCUCUGUACCAGAGGACCCCAGUAUUCUUGCUGACGUAAACGAGUGGAAAAAGGCCCUGGCAAAUUACUCCUCCCAGUAUGUGGGGGAGACCCUGGUGUAUCUCAAUGGAACGUUUGAAGAGUGCAGGUUCCGAGAGUGCAACUUGGGAAACCUAAUCUGCGACGCUAUGGUACACCACAACAUUAAAUAUGCAGAUGAGCUUCAGUGGAACCAUGUCAGCUCCUGCAUCGUCCAAGGGGGAUCAAUACGGUCAUCCAUAGAUGAACGCAGCCGAAAUGGUUCCAUCACGAUGGAAGACCUGAUUGCUGUGUUGCCGUUUGGAGGCACCUAUGAUCUGGUGCAGCUGAAGGGCUCCACUCUGAGGAAAGCUUUUGAGCACUCUGUCAGGAGAUAUGGAGGGAGCACAGGGGAAUUCCUUCAAGUAUCAGGAUUCCAUGUAGAGUAUGAUAUGUCAAGGCCCCCAGGGGAACGUGCCAGGAGUAUCAGUGUGAUCUGUACGAACUGCCGGGUGCCCGUCUAUGAGCCACUGGACGACAGCAGACUAUACAAGGUGGUCCUGCCCUCCUACCUGGUGGAAGGAGGAGACGGAUUCUCCAUGAUCAAAGAGGAGAAGCUAAAACACGACAGUGGUGACAUGGACAUUUCGGUGGUGGCCAGCUACAUUACUGAGAGGAAGAAGGUGCAUCCAGCUGUAGAAGGACGUAUCAAGAUUUCCAACUCAAAUUCAGGAGGAUCUGGACACACAACUCUGUUAAUCCUGAUAGGGCUGGUGAUGGCUCUGUCUAGGAGCCUAUGAGAUCCCUGCCUGCAACGCUAGCUCGCCAUUGGAUGUGUUCUUCUCAGCAUCCAAGGGAAGAGCUCAACUCUAGUUAGACUAACUAGAGUACAAAUUUGAAGGACAUUGGUGAAAUAUCCAUUAACAAGCCGCUUAGAUAUUUCUAUGUAAAUUACACACUGGACUCCUCUAGACAGGUUUUGCUUUGUCAAGUCUCAUGUACAGUAACUGCUGUCACGCUCUUGCUCAGAAAUUCUGUUUAUAUAAUAGUAGUGCAAACUUCCGCAGAGAUGGAAACAGAUGACCACUGCCUGUUUUAAUGUGUGCACUGGGCAGAGUAUGCUUGCUUAACCAGCAUUAGUUUAUGGGAGAAGAUAUACAAACAACGAGCUCUGUUUUAAAGCUCUUUGGGACCAGAGAGGUAUCUUGAAAGGAGAUAAACGAGUUGGUGAUCAACCUUGUGUAAAUAUUUAUGGUAUUCUUUACAGGGCAAAUUAGCGACUUUUUUAUGGUCAUGAAUGCUAUAAAAUCUGAUUAGAACUUUACUAAAGUUGGUUAGCUUGUUUCAAAUCCCCCUCUGUUAAUUCUAGAGAAAUACAUUGAGAACCAAAGAGGUCAUGUAAAUAGCCUAUGUGAAAUGUAAUGUUUUAUAUUUGGCUUCGUUGUGAUAUUGAAAUAAGCUUGAUAGCAGUACAUUUAGCCAGAUGUGUCAAUGUUUGUCUAGCAGAUAUCUCUGAUCUUGAACUGGCUCAUGAAAAAAAGUACAAUGCCUCAUUCCAUCUAAUGUAGCAUUUCAAAAAGGAAACCAUAUGAAGUGACUCAAUUGUGUGAGGGAUGUGGCUUUGCUGCUCUCACCAUUGAUCAGAACUGUUUCAAGGCAGAGUAGUAUUCUGAGGAAAAGGAACUCAACCUCCCACAGGCUUUAUUCUUUACAGGUGCAAGCCAUUCAUCUCCACCCACCGCUUGCACCAGUGGACUGGGAAUGCACGUGGUAUUACCAUGGAAAGUAUCUCCUUUCCACAGAGAAACAAGAUUCCAAGGGAGGGCAGAUGGAAAUGUAUUAGGACACAACCUCAAUUUAGAAAACUGAGAAGCUGACUUGGAUGUGAGAAACUAAACAUGCCCCUAACCACAGGUCUAAGCUCAGAUUAUUGCUCCAGCCUCCAUCUCUGCUGUAAAAAUA